CUUCAGGAGCGGCUGAAGGUGACUCUCCUCUCGGCUGCGGGAUGCAGAGGGAGCUGCUGGCGGGGACCUCAUCCGGGGAACAUCUGUCCGCCUCAGCCGGGGGUUCCACGUACUAACUGCGGCUCUCCGCGCGGUGUGUCCGAGCCGGUGUCUUUUGUGACGCGGCGAGCCUCCCGAGGACGACCAGCGCUCUCUGCAUGCAUGAGUUCCGCACCGUGCGGGCGGAAGAAGCGCCCCAGAUCCGCAGGCAGUGUCUUGCCCAUCACGAGAGGGGUACAGGCGGAUUCGGAGAACCGGGAAAGCGCCGUGGACGGCAGCAGGAUGACUGUGCAGGAAUUCAACACCCUGGUGGCGCUGUACCGGGAACAGGUCAUUUCUGUCGGGGAGAUGUCCGCCGACUGUCCGUCUCUUCGGGCUCAGAUGCACUACACCAGAGCCAAAGGAUGCUCCAUGGCCCGGGCUGCGCACCAGAACCUCGCCCUCAUUGCCGUGUCUGGUCCAGAAGACGGAGAGAUCCACCCAGAGAUCUGUCGGCUCUUCAUCCAGCUGCAGUGUUGCUUGGAAAUGUUCAUCACUGAGAUGCUGAAGUCAAUGUGCCUGCUGGGGGUGCUGCAGCUUCACAGAAAAAGUACCAUCACCAUACAAGGAACUGACUCAGAACCAAAGAUGGACUUCAGAGUUGAUGAAAGUUCUGAUGCUCCCAUCCUGGAAGAUCGUUCCUCCUCUCCUAUCGAUUACCCUCAUGAGCCCUGGCUGGUGGGAGUCCAUAUUGAAAACAUAGAGAGUUCGAACAUUAAAUAUCUUUUCCUAAACUUCAUAUCAGCCGGCCUGUCUUGUUUUUGCGAUCGCUACCCUUGGGGCCCGUGGUCUGCCUGCUCCAGGACCUGCAACCACGGCACGCAACACAGACACAGGGAGAUUAAAUAUGACGACUACUACUGGAAGAGCAGCUGUCCUCAGCUGUGCGAGAAACAUGAUCGGCGCGCUUGUAAUGUGCAGGCUUGUCCCAUCAAUUGUUUGCUGACAGAGUUCGGGCCCUGGUCUGACUGCUCCCCCUGUGCCAAGAAACAGUUACGGACCAGGUCAGUCCAAACUCCAUCCCAGUUCGGUGGUUCCCCUUGCAGUGUGGAGCUGACUGAGGAGCGGCCCUGUUAUCCCUCCACAGAGUGCAAGCUGGCACCGAUCGACUGCAGGGACAACUUCAAAUGUGAUAAUGGACGCUGCCUCAACGCCACGCUUUUGUGCAACAAACAGAACGACUGUGAAGAUAACUCUGACGAGAGGGACUGCGGCGACUUCAAAGUCGUGUGUCCGGCCGAGAAGAGAGUGGCUCCUGGGGCGGACCUGGUGGGAAAUGGGUUUGAUGCACUGGCAAAUGAGCCAAGGGGGGCGGUCCUGAACAAUAUGUUUAUGGGCGAAAAUUGCAUCAUCAGGAGGCCUCAGAGUACACUUCUCUACCAUCGGAUACCUCAUAACUUUGAGAGCUUUGAUAUCAAGGUUGGCAUGCUGGAAGAUUUCAGCACAGAUCCUAAGCCACUCCACACUGAGUCCAUUAAAGUGAAGACCUCUACUUCCCAUGAAGACGAUGAACUCGCCAAGAGAUAUGGCUUCUUCUGGCUAUUUAGGCCGAAGAUGACAUCAUACAAGACUGCGUUUGAAGCCUCAAAGAAAAUGGACUCCUUAUUUUUGCGGGUGCACCAGGUACUCCCUGUGUCCACAUUUAAGGUGCGAGACCCAAGCGAUUUGGUCUUGUCCGGACCUUUUCUCCAGUUCCUCCACGCUCUUCCGCUGGAAUACAACUUCGCCCUUUACAGGGACAUCUUUCAGCGCUUCGGAACACACUACUACAGUUCCGGGACACUGGGGGGUCACUACGACUUGCUCUACCAGUACAACCGAGAAGAGCUCACCAGUUCAGGUGAAACAGAGGAGCAUGUCAAAGGUUGUCUGGGACGAGAAACAAGAUGGGCCGCGGUCCUGUACAGUCAACACGGGAAUGCACCCGCGUGCUCCGACAACAAGAUGACUCAAAAAUAUCAAGGCUCGUACAUUCGUGCAGCAGAGAAGUCGUUCUCUGCGGUGAAAGGCGGUCGAGCCAGAGAGGCGGCUGCUCUGGCCUGGGACAAGCAGGGUCCGGCUCCUGAUCGAACCUCCUACAAGAACUGGGCCAAGUCUGUCCUUGAAAAUCCUGCCGUGGUCGAUUACAAGGUGCUGCCCAUCGUAGAUCUGGUACGGGGUAUCCCCUGUGCAGCCACAAAGAGGAGGCACUUGAAGAAGGCCCUGCUCCAGUAUUUCGAGGAGUUCGACACGUGCAAGUGUGCGCCGUGCCUCAACAACGCCAAAGCGUAUCUCUCCGGUACUGAGUGCAAGUGUGCCUGCCAGACUGGCACAUUUGGCCCUAAUUGUGAACAAAGAGCUCCUGACUACACCUCAGAGGAAGUCGACGGUUCCUGGAGCUGCUGGGAGCAAUGGAGUCGCUGUGGAGCUUUCAUGAAAAGACAUCGCAGGAGGAGGUGCAAUAACCCCGCUCCUUUGAGAGGAGGCCAACCUUGCACGGGCCCUGACACGGAUGAGGAGCCGUGUCACAUCUCCCUCUUUAAAGGAGAGGAAACAUGUGACAAUGAUGAUGACUUCUCUAUGGGAUGGAGGGAAGAGCUGCCUCCUGGUGUGAAAGGCUGUCCCAGGCCACCGCCACCCGACAAUAGCUUCCUCAGGAAAGCAAAGCAGUACUAUGACUUUGGUGAGGAUGAGGAGGUCAAGUGCUACACCGGAUUUGACAUGGAAGGUUUCCAGUUCAUCAACUGUCUUCCCGAUGGGACGUGGAGUCAACCAAAAGGGAGGUGCCUCAGAAAGAUCUGCCUUCCUCCCAACAUCCCUGACAGCAUGACAUUGUCACCCACCAAAGAGGAAUACAAAGUGGGUGACAUAGUGGGUUUUAACUGCGUUGAGGCGAGCCUGUUUCCACUGCCUCGAGGUCUGCACAGGUGUGGCAACAGCCUCACCUGGGAGCCCCCGUUACCUGCAGCACUACACUGCACUGAUGAGGAACCGUUUCAACCCGACAGUCAGUGUGGUCCUGGUGAGCAACGUCAAGGCUCUCAAUGUGCCUGCAUACCACGGGAGAGCUGCUUAACUGAACCGGAGAGUCUGUGCGUCCUGAACACCGACGUCAACGUCACCGUGGCGAUGUCCCUCUGCUCCUUCCACGCCGGCCGUUGCCAUGGCGAUCCCCUCUUCUUCGUUAGCGACGGCGCUUGCGACGCGGUAGGCCAGGCUGAACUGGAGUGGGCCAGGUUCCGAGCCACGUGGGCCUUGAAGAGUUCCGUCCGGGAGCCGUGCGACCUCAACGUUUGUUACGAAUGGGAGACCUGCUCGUCGUCUACAAAAUGUGAAUGCAGAGCGGCUCGGGAUUGUCCUCGAGUUACGGACCACAUGUUCUGCCUCAAGCUGACGAGAGGCCAGAUGACUCGCAGCAUGAAUCUUUGCUCCAUGGUCGCCCUCAAGUGUGCCAACUACCAGUUUGAGAUCCUCAAUGAAGGAGCCUGUGCUGUAUAAUACAUUGCUUGAUGCCAGGGGCUCUGUGUGGCCCUACAUUACAUUUUGCUGGUGGCCCCGGUCUGUAAUAAUUAGUAGAGAUGUCCGAUAAUAUCGGACUGCCGAUAAUAUCGGACUGCCGAUAUUAUCGGCCGAUAAAUGCUUUAAAAUGUAAUAUCGGAAAUUAUCGGCAUCGGUUUCAAAAAGUGAAAUUUAUGACUUUUUAAAACGCCGCUGUACGGAGUGGUAUACGGGCGUAGAGAGAAGUACAGAACGCCAAUAAACCUUAAAGGCACUGCCUUUGCUUCCAAUCACAUAAUAUCUAUGGCUUUUCACACACACAAGUGAAUGCAAGACAUACUUGGUCAACAGCCAUACAGGUCACACUGAGGGUGGCCGUAUAAACAACUAUAACACUGUUACAAAUAUGCGCCACACUGUGAACCCACACCAAACAAAAAUAACAAACACAUUUUGGGAGAACAUCCGCACCGUAACACAACAUAAACACAACAGAACAAAUACCCAGAACCCCGUGCAGCACGAACUCUUCCGGGACGCUCUCUCAGGGAGAGCAUGUCCCAAAUUCCAAGCUGCUGUUUUGAGGCAUAAAAACAAUUAUGCACUUUGUGACUUCAAUAAUAAAUAUGGCAGUGCCAUGUUGGCAUUUUUUUCCAUAACUUGAGUUGAUUUAUUUUGGAAAAGCUUGUUACAUUGUUUAAUGCAUCCAGCGGGGCAUCACAACAAAAUUAGGCAUAAUAAUGUGUUAAUUCCACGACUGUAUAUAUCGGUAUCGGUUGAUAUCGGAAUUGGUAAUUAAGAGUUGGACAAUAUCGGAAUAUCGGAUAUCGGCAAAAAAAGCCAUUAUCGGACAUCUCUAAUAAUUAGGGUUUGAUACAUCAAAUUAAACCCUCCAAAGCAACAAUAUGUCGCUAGUUAUGGAAAAUAUUAACCGGGGUUGUAUAAAGUCGAGUUCGGAGGCCAUUUGUGGGCCCAGAUAAUUUGUUUACGGCAUUUUUCGGACUAUAAGACACAUCCUUUUUUCCCCCCUCCAAACUCAACAGUGUGCCUUACAACCCGGUGCACCUAAUAAUAACUCUGGUUGUGCUUACCAACCUCGAAGCAAUUUUAUUUGGUUCAUGGUGUAAUGAUGAGUGUGACCAGUAGAUGGCAGUCACACAUAAUAUAUAUGUGUAGACUGCAAUAUGACUCAAGUAAACAACACCAAAAUUGUAUAUGUUCCAUUGAAAAUAUAAAACAUUACACACGGCGCUCAAAAAUCUAUCAAAAUGUUUAGUACGACUUUGGUAAGCUAUGAAGCCGCACCGCUUGAUGGAUUGUACUGUGCUUCAACAUACGAGUAUUAUUAUGGUGUGUGUAUAAGGUAAGACAUAUUAUCCGGCGUUUUGUUUCGCGAUAUUAUGCAAAAGCAACUUUUCUUACCUUCUGGUACCUGCUGAUCUGUAUUGGGGAUCUGCAUAAAUCCUGAAAAUUUGCUCGCGUCCGCCUUUGUAGUCCGUGCCGACACAGUAGUCGAUAAGCUUCUUCUUUUUCUGUAUUUUCUUAUUAUAGGACAUUCAUCCUCCGCUGUUGCCAUUUCUAAUAUAAAGUAGUGUAAAGUUCUUACUUAUAUCUGUCAGUAAACUUGCCAUGAAAGCACUAAAACAUACCGGUGUAGUGAGUUCUAUUAUUCACCCAAGGAAUUUUAGUUAUUAGAGAGUUAAGUUCGGACGGUUUUACACGGAACACAUUUCCGGCAUUGUUGUUGCACUAGUGAGCCACGGAUGAGGAGAUGCUGCUCCGUUAUUGAUUUAAGUAAAGUCUGAAUGUCAUUAAAACAGUUAGCUCCAUCUUUUGACACUUCUUCCACCCCUGUCCUUGCACGCUACACCGCUACAACAAAGAUGACGGAGAAAAGACGCUGUCGAAGGUGAGCCACGUAAAUAAGACCGUCCAGAAAACGGCGCAUGCUGAAGAGACUGUCAGAAAGAGGCUUGAAGAUGAUCUGUAAAACAUAAUAUAUGCAACAUUUUGACCAAAGAACCACCAUUACAUGUUAUGUAGACCACAAGGAAGUGUUUUACAUUUACAAAAAAAACAAAAAAAUAUGACCCCUUUAAUGCGCCCUAUAAUCCGGUGCACCUUUUGUAUGAAAAUAGACCUGACUAAACCCGCUCAUAGGCAGUGUGCCCUAUGGUUCGAAAAAUACGGUACUGUUAUUAAAACAAAACAUUAAAAGUAUAACAAAAAAAUUAAAAAAACAAAUGGAAUGUAACUGUCAAGGGCUGGUGUUUGACUGGACCCCAGGAUUUAGAGACGGCAGGCAAAGUGCAGGGAAGAGGCCUUUUUAAUAGGGCCAGUGCAGGGAAAAAAACAAAAUCAAUGAUGUGCAGCAGGGAAGUGCACAAGGGGCAGGCGGGCUCGGAAAGCAUAAAGCACAAAAAGCAAAGUAAAACUAAAAUAAACCCAGUCCCUGAUUAUAAAGCUUCCUUAUUCUCAACCAAGGACAGGUGUGUCAAAUCAACAGGACGUGGAAAACAAGGGAGGAUGAAACACAAACAAACACAAAAGUCCAAAACUAUCAUGUGGAAUCAAAAAGUUAUUUUUUUAUUUUUAUUUUUUAAAGUGCAUACUUUAUGGGUUUGGAAAAUGAGAACAGUUUGGACACCCCUGAUAUAAAGUAUACAUUUAAAUGGACUUGCCCAUUGUCAAAGUUUUCCCGAUGGCCUAGUGCCAUAGCGUGUUUAAGCCAUUGUGGGCUUUAUCUACUAAAGGGUUGCAUGUAUUAAAACACCUGCAAACUUAAUAGUGCCCCCAAAGCUGAUCCGCUGAUGAUUGCAUUUUUUGGAUGUGCAAAAUACAGAGUGCAAUCCAUUUAGCGUGUCUGUCUUCAUGUUUAUGCAGAAUAUACUGUAUAAUGAUUAUUAGAAUGCCCACAAUACUAGGGAAGAGAUGCAAAUAUAACCAUUUAGCGCUUUUCAGUGUGAUUUAUUAAGACUGUUUUGCGUCCAUAUAUUGCACGUACAGAAAAUAUGUGCAAACUUGGGCAGUUGCACACAAAUGGCUGCAAGAAAGGUGGGUACUGUGCUACAAAGACUCCAACUAAUACAAUUAUUAGACAUAUCUUUAUUUCAGUAAUAUCAUGUUAUACUUUUGUAACUGCAAAAUGACUUAAGGGGCUGAUUAAAACAUUAAACAGAA